UCUAUAUUUUCUGUUCAGAUGAUGGUAAUUAUGAAUCAGGGGACUGAGGAGUCUUCAAAUGCUAGAGGUGAAACUGAACCUAAAGAUGAACUGCACUGCUCUUCCAACACUCUGGGGAAUCCAGGAGGAAAUAAUGUUCCACAUCAACUUGAGAAAAAUAUACCUGAAAACCUGGAGAAUCUUGACAAUUAUAAAGAAAAAGCAGAAACUUCUUUGGCGAAUAAAGUCCCAAGCCAAAAUUCACAAAAUUCUCUUAAAGCAAAGUUUCCAGGUCUUGAUUCGAUUGUACCUGAUGUUUCUAACUUAGAAUCACAGUCAUUCGUUGUUUCUCCUAACCCUGCUUCUGAUCCUAUAAAAACAAUUCCAAUCGCAGAAAUAGGGUUAACCCAGCUGCCUGGCGUCCGACUACCUGUUAUUCACACAACCCCUGCUGUUGGUCAGUUUCAAGUUCUUCAACCCCAAGGAGUUCCUAGAACCGGACUUCCCCAAACUGUCAUUGGGGGUCAAGUUUUUUCAACUGUAACCCAAGUAACCCGGGCAGGGAGCUCUGUUCCAAUUUCGGGAUGGCCAAUUCCUACAGUAGGUAUAAGUCCUACUGUAGCCGUCUCUACCAGUCAACUUGUUGUAGGCCGGAAGACGUUAGCCUUGAAUAGCCAACAAGUACUCGGAAGUACCCUAGUUGGUUCUGGUAGUCCGCUACUUCUAGGAAAUACUCCAGGAGUUUUCUCCAGUCAACAGCUUGUCAUUGGAAGAACAGUAGGUAGGCCUUCUGUUCAUCUUUUGGCGGGGAAAACGGGGGGUGUAACUGCAGGUCAACUUAUCGUAGGGAACACUGGCGCAGAAACUGCAGGUCAACUUGCAGUAGGGAAUACAUGCGGUGUACCUGCUGGUCAACUUGUAGUAGGGAACACUAGCAUAGUCACUGAAGGUCAGCUUGUAGUAGGGAACACUGCUGUAACAGCUGGGCAACUCACAGUUAACAGUAGUCCUGGAAUACCUGGAAGUCAACAGCUAGCUGGAAGUAAACUGGGAGCUCCAGUUCAGAUUCCCAUGGUGCUUCCGAUAGUCACCACUACAAUUAGUGCUACAAAGGGAGUUCAGCUUCCUUUAGCGAUGACAGGGUCGACAAUCGUUAACAAUCAAAUGUUAGUUUUACCCCCCUCUGUAAUGCAAAUUCAACAGAAUCCCCCCAGUUCGGUGCAAGGUCAGAGGAAAAGUAUAGUUUUGAAGAAACCAAUAUCUACUCCUCAUCUUCCCGUCUCAAGUCAAAUUAUAGGCAAAAUUCCUCCAAGUGUUAUUCGGGUUUCUGCUCUCAAAAAACCAAACCAAGUUUUUCAUGUUCAAACUGAUCCACAACCUGCUUCCGAGGGAAACGCUUUUAAGGUUAAGAACGAAGAUGUUACUGUCACUGAUUCAUUAAGAGUUUCAGAUCAGCAUAAAAUCCAAUCUGAAAUUGAAGAAGCUGGAAAUCCAUCUCAGCUAACCGUAGACGAAAGUUCAUCUCCGACUGAGUUGAGUAAAAAUGACACUUUUCAAGCCGCAGAACAAGAAAGCAACCCUUCACAAGCUUUCGAAGAAGAACCUUCUAAUAGACAGCCUGUAGCAAGACAACUUGAUCUAGAUGAAUCUCAGGAUAUAUCUGAUAUGUCCCUGGAAUGUGAUGAGGAGUUUGAUGACAGCUUUGAGAAGAAAGAGAAUGAAAAAGAAGUGGAUGAUGACGAGAGUCUUGAAGAGCUGAAUAACGAAGUUGAAGAGCUGAAUAACGACGUUGAAGAGCAAAGUGACGAGGAAGAAGAAGUACACAAAGCGGAAACUAACAAUGGUAGUAAUGGAGGAAUAGACACGGUUGAUCUGCUGAAACCUCUACCUGGAACUAUACCUGGACCUGCUAAAGUUGAAGUAAAAACUAAUGAAUUUGGAAUAAUGGAGGUUGUGGAUCCAAGCAUUAUGCAACCAAUUCGUAAGGUGGAAGAAUUAUCUAAACCUACGAACCUUCUUCAUUCCCCCAACUCUAGAAAAGAGUCAAUGGCAAGAAGGAUACAGGACGAUGAGAUCUUGUAUUGUGAGGGAUGUGGUUGCUAUGGUAUGGCAGGAGAAUUUGUUGCUCAGAAUAGUUGCAGCAAUACCUGCAAUAAUCUUAUUCAAUCCAGGUCUAGGGAUAAACAGAGAAGGGAGCGGGAACUCCAGGUUAUAAGAAUGAGAAGAGAUGAGAAGAGAGUUCCACCGCAGAAGGGAAAGAGAAAAGGAUUGCCUGCGCCGUCAACGGAGGAGGAGAUGAACAACUGGAAGAGCUCCCAGUACAACACCGUCUACGCCUGGCAGGAUCCUAAAAAGGGGUUCAUCUGGUCUAAAUAUCUUGAUUAUUGCGGAGCCCGAGCAGCCCCGGUUCGACUGUUCCCUGGAGAACCCUUUCCUGAUCCGCAUGCUUUCAGGGAAGGGAUGAAGUUAGAGGCAAUAGAUCCUCUUCAUCAAUCUGUUAUAUGUGUUGUCUCAAUAUCAGAGGUUCAGGGACCCAGGUACAAUUAUUGAAUGAUUGAAUUAAUU